GGAGUCUGAAGUGAUAACAGCACAGUGCAGACACGUGAAAAGCAGAACCAACUGUAUAUCUCCUUCAAAAAGCCGGUUAAGAAUUGAUAAACAAACAGAACAGCUUUAGAAAGAAGUUACAUAAUGACGACGGCAAUGAGUGAAGUUCCAGUAUUCAGAUCAGAGCAGGAGAAGUCAUUCGUGAAGGAAACAAUGGAGAAAUUGGGUCAACCAGUGCUUGAUCCAUUCAAAAACAACCAAGAGCCGACGAUGAUGAGAAAAUUGGGCUCAAUGCCUCGUAAUUCACUACUACGCUUCAGUCUUGGUGCUGAGAGGCCACAAUCAAAUAGUAGUACUCGUUUUGGAAAGCUGAGCCAUCACUCCUUUUUCUCAAGGCAUAAUCCUCACCCUCAUCGAGUAACACAUAUCAAUGGACUCAACGGAAUGCCUGUUUGCACAGUAAAUGAUGACUGGCAUGUCAGCACUCCACUUUCUCCACACCCAUUGAUAAAGAGCCAAUUUCCAACCACAGUCCUGGGAAGACUUGGAUUGCCUAUCAGUAUUUUCCAUUGUAAUGCCUUCGGAGAUGGAAGUAUCCCAAAGCCUACCAUAGCACCACUGUCUGAAGCUUGGCGGGAAGAACUGAGAGAAUUUGCCUCUAAGGCUUGCUUCCUUCUACCUGAACCGCCUGAACAAAAAAAGACAGAAGAACGGAGAAUGACUCAAUAUUCUGCACAGACUGGUCGGAUAAUUCCAAGCUGUACUCCUGCACUGGGUCACCGAUCAUCUAAAAAUGGUACCCAGGAGAGAAAUAAACACAAUGGACCCUACCAGGACCAAGAGUUACUGGUUCUGGAAUUACUUUGCCAGCUUCUACAAACUGACUCAUUCUCUGCCAUCCAGCAGUGGUUGCUUUGUGCAGGGCAAAGAGAGAAAGAUUUUGUACUGGGAAUGGUUCAGUCGGUUCUCGGAAGUAGCUACCCUGAAUACCAGCAAUGUGCUGAAAGUACAAAGGUGCGACUGACACCCCAAAUAGACCACAGUCCUUCAGCCUCGCUUUCCAGAAGGUCAACCUCUACUACAAAAAGACAUAAGAGGUAUUAUCUGAAAAAGAAGCCUGAAAAUAUUGAAGAAGACCAACCAGAUCGCAUAGGAAGUGCAGAAGUUCUUCUGAUUCAUAGAAGCAAGUCUCCUGUGACAAAAAGUAGCGGAAGAGAGGAAAUCGCAGAAGAAUGCAAGGAUCCUGAAUCUAAAUGAAAGUAUCCGGGAUAAGUAAAGCAUUUGUCUUAAUGACUGAAGUCUGAGUAGAAACACGUCGAAAAUGUAACAUGAAAAGACAAUUAUAUUACUGACAUGUUUUAAAGAGGCAGAUCCAAGUUUUCAGUUAAAUUUAGCUGAUUUCAUUGCAUAAGAGGCUUUUAGGCUAUUAAAUGUAAAGCACAAAUAACCUAUUAUCUCCAAUGUUUCACUGAUCAACAUUGUGAGUUAAACUGCAAUUAUGCAAAGUAUGCAUUUGAUUGCCAGACAUUCUAUUUAAGGUUAAUGGUUGUAGUUUGUAUUCUGUUUUUCCAAGUGUUCAGGAAAUUGAUCCCCAUCAGUGUCUGUUAACUUAGGGCAACCAACAUUUAAAUGGGUAAGUUGAAAUAUUGACAUUCAUUGAACAAAAUCCCACAAUUUAUUCUUUUUUCAAAUUAAUUCUUUACAAUAUAAGUAACAUAAAGAUUGAUUGUUGUUUAAUGACAAUCUGACUAGAAUUUCUAUUUGUCAGACAUUAAAAAAUAUAUAUUAUUGUUCACAAAUUGGAUGUCACUUUUCCCUGUACUGAAAGUGUAGUGUUCGUGUGAAGGACUUUAGGCAAGACCAAUUUGAGGAAAGAAAGCAAAUAUAAAUGAAUGUUUCUUUUCUUUCAUGAAAAUUACCCUUUACCUACCGUGUUAAUCUACUUCCUAUUAGUUGUUAGUUGUAAAUUAAUACAUUUUGAUCAUGGCUAUACUUGUAAUUCUGUGAACAAUAUAGCGGAAUAUUUCUGGAUGUUAAUGAAUAUUUGUAAAACAUCGUAUGAUUGCAUUGUGUGCACUUCAGACAAGAUGUUUUGAAUUCGUAACUUCUAAAAUGAUGAAAAUAUGAUUUCACACAGUCUAUCACUGCAAAGGUUGAACUUGGCACUAAUAGAUGAAAUGAGCAAAUUGAGUAAAAGUAGAUUUCUCAGUGUGCUCACUGAGGGUAAAAGCAGAUUAAUUCAAAGGUUAGCAAAACUGGCAGUUUUCCUCAAAUAUCCAUUAUGGGCAAUAAUUAUGAAACCACUUUGAUGGCAUAAGAAUUAUACUUCUUAAGUUGAGAAAAAGUGCCUUGUUAGGAUAGAGAAAGUACCUCUUCUUCUGCAUUCAUUUGGAAUAAAGGAUUAUUUGAUCUGCUACAAUUUAAUGAAUUCAGAACUGGUUGGAACUCCAAAGUCCUCCACUGCUUGGGCAAGGGAUAGUUGAUGGUGCAGGCAGGUGGGUAAAUUGUGAGGUGUUGUGUUCAUUCCACCACUUAUACAUGGCUUCUGUGCUCCCAAUCCCACUGAGGAAUGUUGUAUUUCAAGGUCGUUUUGAGCAUACAUUUAAUUUUCCCCUCUGUUGUUUCAUAACCUCUUCCCAUGAUAGAGCUCAGAUUAGAGUAUCCGUUUUGGGAGUCUGGUGUCAACCUUGUUAAUGACAUGGCCAUUCCAGAUUAGAAGUGUCUCAGUCCUAGGGUCAAUGGCCUUGGAGAGAUGUUGACAUCGUUUACUUAUCAGUUCAAUGAAUUUUUCCAGUGUACUGAGAUGCCUGCUGUAUAUAGUCCAGAAAUCAGAAGCAUAAAAGAGAGCAGAGGUGUUAUCUAUUAAACCACAAGAUACAAUUUUCCUCGAUUGUCUAAGGUAGUUCUGGUGCAUUAAAGGUACAGUGAAUUUUAUUAUUGAUAUGUGACUUUGCUGAGAGAUGGUUCUUGAGAUAAGGGAUGCCGUCUACAUUAUAAACCUUUAUUGUCAGUGGGCAGAGAGAUACAGAUAAAGGACCCUGUACAUGAGUAUAAGUCUAUCCCCUUGCAUGCUUUGCUCAACAAUGUCUUGGAGUCUGGUACUUGAGCAUGGGCAAGUGGAGACAUUGUCUGCAUACUGUACCUCAACCUCUAAAGUUUGGGUGACAUUGAUUCUGGAGUGUAUGUAACUAAAAAUGGAUGCGAUAAUAGAAAUUUUAAAGUGAUCUCCGAACCAAACUGAUCUCCAACUCUCUCACAAUUUAAUAUUUAUUAGUAAUGGGACGUUGACCAAUUAAAUAUAUUGAUUUUACUCUAGUGAGCCAUAUACUAAGUGCCUUAGGAUAUCUGGCAUCCGAAGGACGAUGAGCAGUGAUUCAGGCCGAAUUUCAACUUUGCAUCCUGUCCCAUCCAAUAAGUUCCCCAAUCAAGAAUUAGCCCUGAAUCAGAGACUGGGACUCUCCAUCAUUCUUCCCCAUCCAGACUUCAAAGAUAUAUCCAGUGCUCUUGGCAACAGUUGUCAAAUCCCCUAGGCCUCAGACAUUUUCAGAUUCUGACACAAGGUUUGGGACUGACCUUUAACCCAUAUUUGUAUUGGCACUAGCAGCUGCAGGAUAUUUCUUCUGGCCAUGGCCAUUCUAUAAUUCUUCCUAUCAAAAACAAGCACUUUAAGUCUACGUAAUCAGGAACCCUGGAAAAUAAAACUAUAUUGAAUGUCAAAGCCUGCAAUAUACAAGGAAACACAACUUUCUCGGAUCGCUGAUGGAAACUCUGCCUCCCUUCCUUAUCCCAUCUCCACCUAUGAAAAUGGAAAUUACUUGACAGCUAGGCCAUCCAGUGUGGAAUUAGACAGUAGAACAAUCUUGAGGAAAGUAGGCAAAUUCAAUUACUAUGUGUAUUAAAUUUUCAAGUGUCUACAUUAAGUCAAGGAAGACUAUUGUCAUGCAGAGGAAAUCAUCUUUACCAGUUUUGCCUCAUAGUUCAGCAGGAAUAACUAUGAAUUUGUAGAAACUUCUUUCUGUUGCUCAUGUGACACCUGAGUGAUAUUGAUUAUUAAACCAUGCUUAGCAUUAU